AUGUUACUUUUCAAUGCAACUGACCAUCUGUUACUUCAAAAUUUCAUUGAUAUUGAACCAAACAGUAGACAUAUAACAUGGGCAAGGCAUAUAUGGAAAGCAACAAAGGAUCAACUGAUAAUAGAAGAAGAUGUUGCUUUGUUACAACAUCGUCUUAUAUCUACAACAUCAAUACCAACAUCUGAUUUACUUCAUAAAAUCAUAAAUAAUAUUAAUACAAAUAUUCACAAACUCAAUAAUCCAUCAACCGACACAACAACAACUUGUACUUCAUCGAACACCAUUGAAACACUGAUAACUUUGAAGAAAGAUAUUAUUCAACAAGCUAUCUUUAUCCAUCAGAAAAAACAUGAACAAAUACAAACAAUUAUACAUACUGAACAGAAAAAAUUUCUCGUUGAAAAUAGAUAUAUGGAAUCAACAUCUGAAUAUCAGAAACGCGUGAAUGAAGCUAUCGAACAACGUCGACAACAUAUGAUCGAACGUGCAAACUAUGCGAAACAAUUCCUUUUAUCAGCAUCAUUCAAUCUAACAGAUCGUCCACCAUCAACGAACGAUUCGUAG